AUUAUCUUUUUUUUAAUAAUCAGUUACCAAAACAAUUUUCGAAUAAACAAUAAAAAUGCCUCGCAUUUUUAUUAAAGGAGGUGUUUGGUCAAACACAGAGGAUGAAAUUCUAAAGGCAGCUGUGAUGAAAUAUGGUAAAAACCAAUGGAGUCGAAUUGCUUCUCUACUUCAUAAGAAAUCUGGUAAACAAUGCAAAGCUCGUUGGUAUGAAUGGUUGGACCCGAGUAUUAAAAAGACUGAAUGGAGCAGAGAAGAAGAUGAGAAGUUGUUACAUCUUGCAAAGCUUAUGCCAACACAGUGGCGAACCAUUGCUCCAUUAGUUGGACGAACUGCUGCACAGUGUCUUGAAAGAUAUGAAUAUCUUCUUGACCAAGCACAACGUAAAGAUGGGGAAGGUUUAGAUGAAGAUCCUCGAAAAUUAAGGCCAGGUGAAAUUGAUCCUGCACCUGAAACCAAACCUGCUCGACCUGAUCCAAUAGAUAUGGAUGAGGAUGAAAUGGAAAUGCUAUCAGAAGCAAGGGCAAGGUUAGCAAACACACAAGGUAAAAAAGCUAAAAGAAAAGCUAGGGAAAAACAGCUUGAAGAAGCUCGUAGAUUAGCCUCUUUACAAAAGCGCAGAGAGCUUAGAGCUGCCGGCAUAGAAAUUCAGAGAUUUCGACGAAGAAAGCGAGCAGUAGACUACAACGCUGAAAUUCCCUUUGAAAGAAAACCAGCACUAGGUUUUUAUGAUACCAGUAAUGAAGAUGUCAAAGCUUUAGAACCUAAUUAUAAAAAAUUGCGACAAGAACAUUUAGAUGAAAAACGGCGUGAUAUUCAAGAGGAGCGUGAAAGAAGAAAAGAUAAAGAAAAACAAAAGAAAAGAAAAGAGACUGAUCUUCCUGGUGCAAUAUCAUCAAUAAAUAAAAUGAUGAAUCAAGAUGGUUCAAAAAGAAGAAGUAAACUAGUUCUUCCAUCUCCUCAAAUAACCGAUGCUGAGCUUGAGGAAGUUGUAAAGCUAGGCAUAGCUAGUGAGCAAGCAAAGGCUUUUGUUGAUAAUGAAGAUGAAAGCGCUAGUAAAGUUUUACUUUCAGAUUACUCAAUUACUCCUGGUACCAAUCUACCAAUCAGAACACCUCGAGCACCAGCAAUGCAAGAUACUAUUUUUCAAGAAGCUCAAAAUAUUAUUGCUCUACAACAAGUUGAUACACCUUUAAAAGGUGGAAUUAACACUCCAAUGUACACGAGUAAUUUUGAUGGUGCCACACCAAAACAUCAGCAAAUACAGACACCUAAUUUAAUGAUUGCUACACCUUUUAGAACACCUGCUGAUGGAGUGCAAGGUUUUACACCGCGAAACACUCCACGUCUUGGAGGAGUAUCCCAAGGAAUGACUCCAGGAGCAUCAGUUAGGGACAAUUUAAACAUAAACAGAGACGACAUAUAUGAAAAUCAAAUGGAAAUAAAAACUCAACUAAAAGCAGGAUUACAGAGUUUACCCAAACCAAGCAAUGAUUUCGAAAUUGUUGUACCAGACAAGUUUGAAAUAGAUAUGGAUGAAAACGUUGAUACAGGUUUUGUCGAAGAUGCAUCUGAUAUAGAGUCAAAAAAACUUUUAAAGAUGAAAGAACAAGAAGCUGCAGAAUUUCGAAGACAAGCAAUGGCUGUUCAAAGAAACUUGCCACGUCCCUCUGAUGUAAACACUUCAGUAUUACGACCAGACGAAAUGAGGAGAGAUCUGAAUCUUUAUCAGGAAGCAGAAGAAAUGAUAAAAGCUGAGAUGGUGCAUAUGUUACGACACGAUAUUGUUCAUCAUCCGACAGAGCACCAACUUAAUAUGCUUGGACUUAAAAAAGCAAGUGCAUCUGUACAAACGGUAAUUAAUGCAAAUAAGCGCGUUCUUGAAGAAUCGCCUUUAGAAAAAAUUUCUGAUAAAGAUAUGGAGGCAGCACGUUCUUUACUCAAUGAAGAAAUUGAAGUUGUUAAAAAGGCUAUGGCACAUGGCGAUCUUUCUAUUGAUGUGUAUACACGAGUUUGGGAAGAGUGUUAUGGCCAGUUAUUGUAUUUACCAAACCAACAACGUUAUACUCGUGCCGCUCUUGCCAGUAAAAAAGAUCGUCUGGAAUCGCUUGAGAAACGUCUUGAGAUUAAUCGAUUGCACAUGACAGAAGAUGCUAAAAAGGCUACAAAACUUGAAAAAAGGCUUAAACUUUUACUCGGAGGUUAUCAGUCCAGAGCUGUUGGUUUAAGUAAACAAAUCUCUGAUCUCCAUGAUCAAAUCGAACAAAGUCGAAUUGAAGCAGAGACGUUCGAAAUGCUACAUAAACAAGAACUUCAUGCAGUUCCAAGACGUAUUUCAGCUUUAGAAGAGGACGUUGUUCGUCAAACAGCUCGUGAACGCGAUUUGCAGCAAAGAUACUCUGAUCUGCUUUAUGAACGCGAUCGAUUGGUACAACUUACGACAAGUAGCUCGACAACAACUUAAUUGCAACGCAAAUCAAUUGCUUUAAAAAGCUGCUCGGUUUCCGCCCACAUUUAUGGUUUUUACCAGUGAUAUUGAACAGUUUUGAAGAACUUUAUAAACCUAAUCCCUCUUUUUAAAAGUUGUUAGAAAUUUUUAAAAAGUCUUUGUUUGAUAUCACUGGCUUAGAAAAUUUUAAUGAUUAGAGAUUCUUAAAUUUCUUUGAAAAUUUUUAUAAAAAUCAAUUAUUCAAAAUAUGUAUUAAUAGCAUUUUAAUUUCUGACUCGUUGCAUAAAUCUGAAUACUCAAAUAACAACUA